GCCCGUGGCUCCGUUACUCCACUCAUUCCUCUAGACGAGAAUAGCGAGAUCGCGACCAUGACAGCAGCCACGCAGCAGAUGUCGAGUCUGCCCAGCGGACUCCGGAUCUGUACCACCGUGCCGGACAUCCUCUACCUGCCCGAGCUGGUGUUUGGAGGGCUGGUAUGGAUCCUGGUGGCAUCCACACAUGUGUCAAUGGCUUCAUUUUUGGAAUUGACCCUAAUUAUGACAGUGCCAAACCCUCAAGGAUGGGUGAUGUUUGUAUCAGUCUUCUGCUUUGUGAUGACUUUCCUCUGGCUCAUCAUCUUUGCCUGCGGAGGACACAAAAACAGUAGCGGCUGGGCUACAGCGGACUUCUUGUAUCACCUGAUUGCUGCUGUAUUCUAUCUGAGCGCCUCAGUGAUCCUGGCCAAUGAGACUAUCGCCAUGAAAGUGUGGACCUCAUCAACAGUGAUCGGAUAUCCCUUUAAGUACUAUCAAAUCGACAUUGCAGCUGUGGUGUUCUCGUUUAUUGCCACAUUGCUGUACUUCAUCCAUUGCAUCUUUUCUGCUAUGCGAUGGAAAUCCUUUUAAUCAAAGAAUCUGAGCAAAAGAAAAUCAAUUGGACAUAAAUGGUUUAAAAAAUUGAAAAUAAACACUGAAAAAACACUGGGGCUGAAAAACAAAUCACAGGGGUCAGUCCUGUGCAUGCCUUCUACUCAAACAACACAAAUCAUGAUGGAAUAAACCCACUUAUACUUUUAAUAAUAUAUUAUUCUAACCUCAUUACUUUUCUAAUGAUGAUACUUUUAAAUGCUAUCUGUACUAGUACAAUGAUACCCAGUGUAGAUGUGGAUGGAAGAAAUAUUGUGGGUUUUGUAUACUUGUACUUUUGUAACAGAUAAAUAAUUUUUUGUAUAUUUAGGUACUCCAAACUAUGAACAACAUAAUAUUUUAAUAAAAGAAUAUGAACUGGA